UUCUGAAAAGUCUAUAGACGCACGCAAUGAGUAGGAAACUACGUGAAUUAUUUAUUUCUCGAAUGCUAAUCUCAGCGUUACUGUAAAGUCUAAUGAAUGCUUUUCUAAAGGGAUUGUAUGAUUAAAAACCCAUUGUAAGAAAGAAAUUUGGAUUGCUUCAUUCGAAUAGCGUGCACGAUAUUGAAUUUGAAUUGAAUCCGAAACAGUUUUAAUCAAACAGGAAAGUCUACUCGCAUCGAGAUUCAAAGAAGUCUGUUUUCAAUAAUUAUACAGCAAACUUCAAAUUUUUUAUAAUCUGUGGCAUCCACAAGGUAAUUUUUACAUCUUUUGGAUCCAAGCAGCCGUAUUUAAAUACGUUCUUUAGAGAAUUGUCGCUAUAGCCUUUUAGAGUCCAGGAAUUAUUUUUUCUAUUUUUCCUUUGGUAUACAAUUAUUAUAAAAAUAACGCUGGUAAAUCUCUAAAGCUUCGACAUUUAUGUCCACUAUUUAACACAUGACUACUCGAAAGCGUUAUAAAGUCAGUUAUGUUUUAGAUUCGAACGAAGACAAAUUAGGUCACCGCUUAAAUGUGAAUUGCCUUGCACUUGGGCGCUGCUUUUCAGCUAAGGGGUCCGCACCUGUCAGCAGUGCCCUUUACAGCGGAGGCCGGGAUGGACAAUUGUUUCGUUGGGACGUCGGUUUAGACUAUGCUAAGAAGCCAGUACCUUUAUCCUCAAUACAGGCUCAUUCUUCGUGGAUAAAUGACAUUGCUGUUACUUCUGAUUCUCAAGGUGUCAUAUCUUGUUCGUCCGACUUGACAGUAAAGCUAUGGAAGCCUCAUGUUUCUGGCCCUUCAUCUUUGACCACGAUUGGUGAACACAACGAUUAUGUCAAACGUCUUAGUCUUUCCAAGGAUUGUAAAAGUCCAUGGGUAGUUUCCGGUGGUCUCGACAGUCGCGUAAUUGUCUGGGAUUAUAAUGUCGGUCAAGAAGUAGUGCGUUUUGAGCAACCUCCCAAUUGUGCUAUCACUGUCGGUCCUCGGAGUGGUGUGUAUUCACUAGCUACAAACAACAACAUUAUCGCUAAUGGAGGUAUUCAAAAAGAUAUACAGCUUUGGGAUUGUGUUUCUAAAAAGCGAAUCACUGAUUUAGUUGGUCAUACUGAUACUGUUCGAGAUAUUUUAAUAAGUGAAGAUGGAAGAACAAUCCUUACGGCCUCUUCGGAUGCUACUAUUAAACUUUGGUCUUUAAGAGCUCAGAAAUGCUUAUUUUCUUUUUUGGCUCAUUCUGAUAGUGUUUGGUCUUUGUUUUCUGAGCAUCCUGACCUUAAAGUGUUUUACGCCGGUGACCGCUCAGGACUGAUUACUCGUACAGAUAUUCGAGACACACGCAACAAUCAAAGCUGUUCUGCUAUAUGUAAACAGGAUUCUCCUGUUUCUGAUUUAAUUGCCCGCCAGUCUUUCAUCUGGAGUACAGCUUCGGACAGUUCCAUUCAUCAGUGGAAAGAUAAAUCUUUUUCAUCUGAUAAUUCAGCUUCUUCAACGAUAGCUUCGCCUUCUCUCCUUCCUCCUCUGACACAAAGUACUUCACGACAUUCUGUCGAAACAAGGAGCGGCGAAUGCCCAACUCUUUAUCACGACGACGCAGAGGACAUAUAUUAUGAUUUGCAAUUUGCAGAAAGCCUGAAUUAUUUAGAUGUUAAUAGAAAGCCUGAAUAUACAAUCACGGGUGGACUUGGAUUGGAGAGAUGUCGAUUAUUAAGCGACCGGCGGCGGGUACUUACAGAAGAUACGGUUGGAAAAAUGUGUUUAUGGGAUAUAAUAAGCUGUAAAAAGAUUGAGGAUGUUGUUGCUAAUGAUAAUUUUGAUAAAGUUGCUCAGUCUCUUGACACGUUAGAGACGUUACCCAGAUGGGCUUCGGUAAAUUGCUUCUUGGGAAUUCUUGCGGUGACUCUUGACGAAAAUCAUUAUAUGGAUACAGAAGUUUACGCAGAUGAGUGUUUGCAGAUUAAGUCAGACGAGUUUAUUGAUAAACGUAUCAACUUAGGUGUUUGGCUUCUGAAGAACCUGUUUUCUCCCUUUAUUUAUUUUGAGCUUCAACGAGAUGCGGAAUUCAGAAAAAAUGUUGAAAUGAUAAGAGCGAAUGUACGAAAGCAAUCAGAAACAGUAGAAAAAUCGAAAAACAGAAGCUCCGUCACAAUGCCUGUUGCUCUUUCACCCUUAAAACUGCGACCUAGACCAUCUGCAGCGUUGUUUCCUAAUGAACCGUUAACUCCUGCUAGUCUUGAGUUUUCUCCGACUUCCUUUGCUAUGGAUCAGUUAAGCGAUACCCAGCCUCAGUCUCCUUUUCAACCUUCUUCUUAUAAUCCGAUAUAUACGUCUGCUGAGACAGAGAGUUUGAUGAACGCUCCUGAUUAUUUUUCCAUACCUACGAGUAAACCACAAAAUGAAGGCUCUACGAUUGUAAAAACGAAAGAAUUAGACUCGCCCAAACGUGAAGGGUCUUUCUUAGGGCGGUUGAAGAAAUUUGGAAGAUCCAAAUCUUCAAGGAAUCUAUCUUUAGGCUCUCCCAGGUCUCCAACUGAGCAUUUACCGCUUAACAAGUCCAUCAAUCUGAAUCCAAUUCUUAAUGCGGCCUCACCCCCAUUAAAAUCUGAAGCGAACAAUGUGGAUAACGAACUUAAUUCAAGCCCUUCUAGUUUUAACACAAACCCCGUACCUACUGCUGCCCAAAUGCAAAAACCUAUGAGAACAGUAAGCGACUUAAUCGAGCGCUUGCAUGAGCAGUACGUUAAUAGGAAGCCAGAAGAGAAGGCAACAACAUUUUUAAAGCAACCAUUUACUGAACUUACACCGCAACUAGAUUUGUCGGAUCAAGUAACUGUUAUUAUCAGUGAAGAAUCUCGCGAUGCAGGAAGUUCAAAAGAUAUUUUUCGCUGUACCAUAGGAAAUAUGGAGAAUGAUGCUGAUGCGUUGGAAAAAAUAAUGCCUUAUUGGUUAGGAAAACUGCUUUUAGUGGAUGAUGUUCCUUCAAAGAACAGCCCGACGGUUGGAUUUUCGAUUCAGCCAAGCCCGAACUCAAAAUUACCAUCUAUAGUAAGCGAAACAACUCGUUUAAGUGCGAAUGCGAUGCUUCGAGUUCAAAAGAUUAUGGAUUACACACAAAGUAAAUUAAGUCAGCUUGUUCCGAAUAUGAAUGGUCAACUAGAAAUUCGAUGUAAAGACGUGGUUGUUACGCCCAAAAUGACACUAGCUACGGUGAAAACGAGACUCUGGCGUUCGGGAGAUGAUGUUAUUUUCCAGUACAAUUUAAAUCCAGAUGCGGUUGCUGAAGUUGUUCAAGGAACCCAAAAGCUGGAUAUAAAAGGUUAAAUUUUACAUCACGAUGAUUUAUUCUUGCUUAAACCUUUUUUUUUAUGUUAUAAUGUUUUGAAUUCAUUUAUUUUUAUUAUGCCAAAAAGUAUUGGUGAAGCAAAGAAAUGCUAAUCAGAACUACCAAGUACUUCUACUAUUUAUAUAUACACCGUUUUUUGUAACCUGUUUUCUUCCAUAUUUUAAAAGCAAAGCUUCUACUUUGCUCUUGUCUACCGCUAAAUUCUCAACAAACGGCCAUAUUUCGUCAUAUAACCAUUUAGAUUUGGCUUGAAAUAAAACUUGAAAACAGCGAGUAGGGUCUCGAGGUAACUGUAAGGAAGAAAAAUACUGUAUCGUGUCGGGCGCUGCAUAGAAAUAAAAUCCCUAGAUUGUUAGCUGUAGGAAAGCAAAGUGUUAAUACCUUGAGGAGAUCUAGUGAUACAAAAUCUUUACAACUCUCGGGAAGUUUCUCUGUCCAUUUUGACAGAAAGUGAGAAACUUCCGUAGUAAUAACAUCUUCUAGUAUAAACCGGCCUAUCCAAAAGCAAACCAGACUUUUGUCAAUGACGACUGUGUCAACCUGACUCAAAAAAGGAGUUCUUGAGAUACUCCACAAAAUCGCGACUACAGCAUCGGUGUCAAAUUGAUCUGCAAUAGCUGUUUUUUUAAACUCUUGUAUACUAAUAGCGGAAAAGUCGGCACGAAGUUGGUGCAUUAUUGCAAAUACCCAAUCAAUAAGUGUCAUUAUAUAAGAGGGGGAAAGUCUGUAAAGAGUAUUAUCUUUAAUUAUAAUGAAAUUUGAUCCCAAAAAGGCUUUAAUUUCAUUUUCACUAGCUGGUACUUGACAAAUAAAGUCUUGGAAGGAUAUCGACGAAGGAAUCUGCUUUCGACUAUUAGCUUGAAAGCCUGCUAAAUCUGUGCUUACCUCCUCGAGAGCAUCUUCGUCCCAAUAGGAAAUCUUGUCUUCAAUUGUAAUGGAUCCAUAGAUGUGUUCUAUUUCCAAGUAACUAUAUUUCGUGUCUUGCAAAGUCCAUUCUGAGGAAUGAGAGGACCGAAAUAGCAUCAAGGAGUUUGACUGUAUUAAUUGACGAACAGAAUAUGUAUUAUUACUCGUGCAUAGAACUGAAGAUUUCGAGUCCAACCCUGCUUUCAAAACAAUUCUAUAAUGAUUGUCAGUAAGACAAAAAUAAAAAGUCGUACUAUGUCAAAUGUUCCAUACUGUUCAUCCGAAUUUUGUUCUAAUAAAUUCUGCAACUCCUUGUCUAAUUCAAGAAGGGAAAAUUCUGGCUCUUCUUCAUGUUCAGAAAACUUUAGAGAUAUUUUCUUGCUUGUUGAAUCUUCUUCCAUACCAAAUAUUGUAACAUUAAACGACACCUAAUAUAUGAUGAUUAGUCUUUUAUAAUUGAAAUCAGUGAACUGUGUUUUGCAGAUACGAUGGACGGUAAUCCUUCAGUAGAAAUUCCGCCU